AUGCUGCGCUGGGCUGCCGCUCGCGGCUGGCUCUUGGCCCGAGCCCAGCCCAGCGCCGAGUGUGCCUGGCGGGCCUUCUCCACCCCUGCCGCCCCUGCAGCGGCGGCAGCGACGGGGGCGCACGCCGCCAUCCCCCGCCCCGCCCCCACCCUGUCCCGGCGGGUGCGCCAGCUCAUGCGGGAGUACCGCCAGCUGUCCAAGGCCCGGCUCAGCGCGCUGGUGGUGGCCACCUCUGGCGCGGGGUAUGUGGGCGCCAGCGGCGCCGCCGUCGACUGGCCCGGCCUGGGCUGGACGGUGGCGGGGACCGCGCUGUGCGCGGCCUCGGCCAACGCCCUGAACCAGGUGUACGAGGUGGCCACCGACCGCCUCAUGCGCCGCACCGCGGCGCGGCCGCUGCCCUCGGGGCGCAUGGGCCGAGGCCACGCCCUGGCCUUUGCCGCCGCCACCGGCCUGGCCGGCGUGGGCUUGCUGGCCGCCAAGACCAACGGCCUGACCGCCGGGCUGGGCGCGGGCAACAUCGUGCUGUACGCCGGGGUCUACACGCCACUCAAAGUCGUGUCGGUGGCCAACACCUGGGUCGGUGCGGCAGUCGGGGCGGUCCCUCCGCUCAUGGGCUGGGCGGCGGCGUCCGGGGGUUUGGACGUGGGAGCCGCCAUCCUGGCCCUCGGCCUCUACUUCUGGCAGCUCCCCCACUUCAUGGCCAUCGCCUGGCUCUCCAGGGCGGACUACGCGGCAGGGGGCCACCGCAUGCUGUCCUUGCUGGACCCGACAGGGAAGCGAGUCGCGGCCUGCGCCCUGCGCAACUGCUUCUACCUCUUCCCCCUGGGCAUCCUGGCGGCCUGGCUGGGCGUCACCUCCCCCUACUUUGCCUACGAGUCGGCCUUCGUGACGGCGGGCAUGACGCUGUGCGCCGCCAAGUUCACGUCCUCCCCCACCACCGCCAACGCGCGGCUCCUGCUGCGAGCCUCCCUGCUCCACCUCCCCAUCUUCAUGGGUGCCUUCCUGCUCCACCGCCAGCCCAACACCAGCCAAGAUCGUCCGGGCCUGCUCUGGGACCAGGCCACACGGCUGGGACUGGCCAGGGCACGCACGGAGGGCGAGGGCGUGGCCAGCACAGCGUGGGCUGGCUCGACGGCGCCGAGGGCCAGCCUCUUCGGCUGGCGCAUGGACGAGGAGGGCGUGGCCCCGCCCGUGUCGCUGAUGGUGGCCCCGCGGAUCGGGGGCUUGCCGUCCCUUAGGUGCCCCUCCGUGGCCCUCGCCCAGGGGACCGGGAGCGAAGACCGGGCAGGGGACGACAAGGAGAAGCUGCGAUAG